GUCAGUUCCUUGAAGACAGCGAUUCCCACGAAUUGCUUUAAUAUUGAUUUUAAUUAACAAUUGUUUGACAAAUAUUUUACAUAAAAAUGUUAUGGUUAGGUAUUUGUCUGUUUUUGUUGGGCUCCACUCAAUCGGCACCCGUAGGACCCGAUGACCAGUACCAGAUCGGCACUGGUAUUGCAGAUGUUACCGGGCCAGCAGCUGAGAUCAAUAUGAUGGGUUACGCGAAGUUGGGUCAGGACACUAGUGGUAUACAUCUAAGACUAUUCUGCAGGUCUGUGGUAGUGGUGGACAACAUUGGCAACAGAAUACUGUAUAUCACAGCAGAUCUUCAGGGAAUCGCACAGAUUCUCAAAAUUGAAGUAGUGAAAGCACUGGAAGCUAAAUACGGGGAUCUCUACCAUCACGAGAAUGUAUUAAUCAGCGCAACGCAUACCCACUCAGGACCGGGAGGUUUCUUCCAGUAUCUGCUCUACAUAUUUACAACUGAAGGCUUUAUAACCGAUAGCUAUCAGGAUAUUAUCAACGGAAUCCUUACCAGUGUGGACAGGGCUCACAAUAAUCUGAAACCUGGUAAUAUCUAUUGGAGUGAAGGAGAACUGACCGAUUCCAGUGCUAAUAGAAGUCCCGCCGCUUAUGAAAACAAUCCCAAAGAAGAAAAAGAUAAAUACAAAUACAAUACCGACAAAACAAUGAAUGUCUUAAAGUUCACUGAUCUAAACAAUAAGCCGUUAGCGAUGGUCAACUGGCACGCCGUCCAUUGUGUCUCAAUGAACAAUUCAAACACAUUGAUUAGCAGUGAUAACAAAGGAUUUGCUUCACUUCUCAUGGAGUCUGACUAUAACGCCGGACAAUUGCCCGGAAAGGGUCCAUUUAUUGCAAUCUUCUCUCAAGCAAAUGAAGGCGAUUCCACACCGAAUACGGCCGGAGCCCGAUGUAUAGAUACAGGCGCUCCGUGUGAUUUCAUUACAAGCACGUGUCACGGAAAGAAUGAAAAAUGUGUGGCUUUUGGUCCCGGGAAAGACAUGUUUGAUUCGACACAAAUCAUUGCCCGAAAACAAUAUCAAAAGGCCAAAGAGCUGUUUGAGGGCAACUCCCAGACCAAACUGAAGGGUCCGAUUCAAUACAUUUACCAAAACAUCGAUAUGUCUAACUAUGAGGUCAAACUGUCCGACAAUAAGACAGUGAAAACGUGUAAACCCGCUUUAGGUUAUUCUUUUGGUGCCGGAACUACUGAUGGAGAGGGGGCUUCAAUGUUCCAACAGGGGACACACGUCGGCGAAGAGCCCAAGUUCUGGGACUUUGUCCGCAAUCUGAUCACAACACCGACCAAAGAGAUCACUGACUGUCAGAGUCCGAAAGCCAUACUAUUACCGGUCGGCGAAAUGACUUUCCCCUACCAGUGGGCGCCGAAUCUGAUGCCAACCCAACUGUUGCGGAUCGGAGAUGUGGUGAUAGCGGGUCUGCCCGGAGAGUUCACUACAAUGUCCGGUCGCCGUAUGCGCGACGCUAUCACUAAGGCGUUUGCCGAUAACGGCCAGAAGGUAAAGGUGACCCUCUCGGGUCUGGCCAACACUUACAGCAAUUAUAUCGCCACUUAUGAAGAAUAUCAAAUGCAACGAUACGAAGGCGGUUCCACUAUGUAUGGCCCCCACACUCUUCAGGCAUAUAUACAGCAAUUCACUUAUUUGGCCAACAAUAUGGCCAAACAGACUCGAGUAACGCCCGGACCUGUGUUUCCCAAUUUACUAAAAGAUGAAAUAACACUAAAACCAGGAGUGGUUUUGGACGCACCCAAGAUCGGCCACAAAUUCGGGGAUGUGUUAACUAAUCCAAAGGAUACUUACCAUAAAGAAAGUGAGGUUAAAGUGACAUUCGUUGGCGCACAUCCGCGCAAUAACGCAAAACUGGACUCAACUUAUUUGACGGUCGAGAAACUUAAUGAAAACAACAAAGACUGGGAUGUGAUGGCAACCGAUGCCAACUGGGAAACCAAAUUUGUGUGGAGAAGAACUAACGCUGUGUUAGGAUAUAGUGAAGUGGAUGUCAUAUGGAAUAUACCGGCGAACGCACAGAAUGGUAAAUAUCGGAUCAGAUAUUUCGGUGACCACAAGAAUAUUUUGGGACACAUCAGUCCAUUCACUGCCACUACUAAUACAUUCCAAGUCGUGUCCACUUUUUACUAUUGA